AGAGAGAGAGAGAGAGUAUGAAUGCAGCAGCAGCAGCAGCGCGGCUGGAUUGACUGCUCCCUCCGCCGUGUACUACAGUUAAUACAGUACAGCACAGCCGCUUAUUAAACCCCGCGGACUGAGGAGCCGAGCGCAGCCCACCGAGCACUCAGGGGUGUGACAGAGGAGGGUCAGAAUGGUCUCCAUUCCGGAGUACUACACCGGGAAGAAUGUUCUCAUCACAGGGGCGACGGGUUUCAUGGGGAAGGUUCUGCUGGAGAAGCUGCUGCGCUCCUGCCCUGGAGUCAAAGCUGCCUAUGUUCUGGUUCGGCCCAAAUCGGGCCAGUCCCCCCGCGCUCGCAUCACAGACAUGAUCACCUGCAAGCUCUUCGACAGAUUGAGGGAAGAACAGCCAGACUUUGCAGAGAAGAUUGUAGCUGUAAACAGUGACCUGACUAUACCAGACCUGGACCUCAGUAAAGAAGACCAGGACACUCUGGCAGACUGCAUCAACAUAGUCUUCCAUUGUGCUGCCACCAUUCGCUUCAAUGAGCCUCUCAAAGAUGCCAUGCAGCUGAACGUACUGGCCACGCAGAAGAUGGUGAGUCUGGCCCACAAGAUGAAGCAUUUGGAGGUCUUCAUCCACGUCUCUACAGCCUACGCCAACUGCAACCGUGAGCUGAUCGAGGAGGUUAUUUACCCGCCACCUGUCGACUACCGCAAGCUCAUAGACACACUCGAGUGGAUGGAUGAUAAGCUGGUGGGUUUGAUGACUCCUAAACUGAUCGGGGAGCGCCCCAACACAUACACAUAUACCAAAGCCCUGGCAGAGCACCUGGUGCAGCAGGAGUGUGGGAACCUCAAUGUGGCCAUCAUCCGGCCUUCAAUAGUCGGAGCCAGCUGGAAGGAACCCUUUCCUGGCUGGAUAGAUAACUUCAACGGACCCAGUGGAAUAUUUAUUGCUGCUGGGAAAGGCAUCCUGCGUACCAUGAGAGCCUCUAACAGUGCUGUCGCUGACCUCGUGCCAGUAGAUGUGGUCAUAAACACGACGCUGGCUGCCGCUUGGUACUCUGGUUCCCAAAGACACACUAGGCCAAAGAGCAUAUUGAUAUACAACUGCACAACAGGCUCCAUCAAUCCAUUUCACUGGGGUGAAGUCGAGAACUGUAUAAACAUGACCUUCAAGACCAACCCAUUAGAGCAGGCCUUCAGACGGCCCAAUGUUAACCUGCGUUCCAACCCCUUUACCAAUCAGUACUGGACAACGGUGAGCCACACCAUCCCCGCCCUGCUCUACGACGCCUAUCUGUGGUUGACGGGGCAGAAGCCUCGGAUGAUGAAGACGAUCACACGGCUCCACAAGGCCAUGAUGGUGCUGGAGUACUUCACCAGCCACUCGUGGGUUUGGAACACAGACAACGUCACCAUGCUACUGAACCAGCUGGGAGCCGAGGACAGGAAGGUGUUUAACUUUGAUGUCAGGCAGUUGCACUGGGCUGAAUACAUGGAGAAUUACUGCAUGGGUACCAAGAAAUAUGUGCUGAACGAGGAGCUUUCGGGUCUUCCAGCAGCACGCAAACAUCUAAACAAGCUGCGGAAUAUCCGCUACACCUUCAACACAGUCCUGGUCAUCCUGAUCUGGCGCAUCUUCAUCGCCCGCUCUCAGAUGGCGCGCAACAUCUGGUACUUCGUGGUCAGCCUGUGCUUCAAGUUCCUCUCCUACUUCAGGGCAUCCAGCACCUUGAGAUACUGAAUCUCUCCUUUUAACCCUAAUUUAAUCCUUUAAUCUUUUUCUCCUCCCCCAAGUUCUCCCUCCCUCCCUCUCUCCUCUCUCUCUUUCCUGUAAUAGCUAUGCAUAUGCUACAGCGCUGCAAAGCUCUGGGCUGCAGCUUCGCCCUGGCUGUGGCUGGGGGCCGCUGCAUCCAACUGCUUUGUAGAAAGCAUCAAGCGUCUGGGCUGGAGGUGCGCGAGGCCUUUUUAGGUUUUUACGCCGGAACAUUCCCCCCCCUCCCCCUCGAGCCUGUGUGAGCACUUACCUGGCCAGCGGUUCUCCGUGAACACAGUUUACAGUCGUUAGUUUCCCAGCCUUACACUCAGUCAAGCACAAGGUGGGAGAUUAGGAGAUUAGAGAGGGGAUGUGAUGGCCUGCUCUGUGCCUACCAAUCAGAUUACUAAUUAAAAUUUAUUUUGGGAAAGAUGCACUCGUUCUUUUCCAGAACACUAGCCAUUCUUUUUUUUUUUUUUUUCCCUAUUUCUGUUCUUUUCCUUGUUUUUCUUUCAGUUUUCUUCCUUGUGUUGAUUUAUGAUUAUUAUUUUUUUGUUACCACUAUGAUUGUUAUACAGCCAUUGUUACACGAUUGUUGUGCUAACAGUUUCUGGGUUAUUUAGGUCAUGUUGAGUUGUUUAGAGCCUUUCCACAUGUUACAGUUUGAUUAACACACUAACUUUGACUUUGUCAAAGGUGUUUUGUGUCGUCACUUAUGAUCCAGCUGUAUAACGUAGCUGAGGAUGAAAUUCUGUGACGCGCUUCUUCUUCUAAGGUCUUUUAUUUUGUGGGUCAUAAGUACAUAAGUUCUCGGUCACUCCUGGGGAACAGCAGCCUAUAGGAACUUUUUUCUUUGUUUUUUGUUUUUUUUUCUUUUCCUUCCUUCUACAUAUAUUCUAUUGCCUUCUCGAAACUAAUGACCUUUUCUUGAUGUUACUGUAUCGUUAUAGUUUGGUAUUUUGUGAGUGAGAGAGUGGUAAUCCGUUGGUUCUAAUUGCUCGAUGUUUCUUUUCUAAAAGUUCUAUUUUUGUCUUCAUGUUUUUUUUCUUUUCUGAGCUCAGCUGUGAAGGAGAUUAGUUAGCGAUUCUGACCUCUUUACUGCCUCAUGUCAUGUCACUAGGAAGUGUGAACAUUCACUCUUUUGUUAAAAAAAAAAGAUGUUUUAAAGUAGUUGUUAAUUUUCGUUUUUUUUUUUUUUUUGGAGCGAUGACAUAGAACAAGCACAACAGCAGUCUUUAGGAAAGUUUGGUAGUUGCCCUACUCAAGCACUUUCACUUUAAAUGGUAAUUAACAGAUGAUUUAAAUCAAAUGUGUUUAAGUAGGCUACUUACUUGGAGACUUGGAGGAGUUGCGCUCUCCUACCAUAGAGGAACUUUAUGGAACUGUUGGUUCCAUUAAUAUGUGCAUAGGAAUAACCUUUUAAAGGUUUUAGGAACCUUGAGUUGAUGUAGUUCAGGCUAGGGCAGGGUGAUAUUGUAAAAAAAAAACAAAAAAACCUUGAUAGUUUUUAAAUUAAAAAAAAAUCCCUUUAUUAUUUUCAUAUUGCAAUACAUAUAGAAGAGAAAAAAAAUACAGUGUCCAUUUUUUCCAAUAUUGUGCAGCCCUAAUAUAUACACUCUUCAUGAAAACAAUAGUUGUUCGAUUGCAGUGCUAUUUGGAAGCAAGAAAGCAAGAUCUGGAACAAAAAAAAGUUGAUAAUGUAAUUAUUGUGACAGGCCUAGGGACAUCAUUAGGAACCUCUGCUAUAAGGAACUUCAAGCCGAGACAUCUGUGUGUGUAACUUAAUAAUAAAUAUUGCCUGUUUCAGCUUAAAUUUGAAUAAUUUAUUUGUUCUGGUAACUUUUAUCUUUACUCUGAAUAGCAUUGCAAUCCGACACCCAAUCGGACACCUUCUUUCAGGUGCAACUAUAGUUUUUUUCUAUAGUUGAUGAGUGUAAAAAUGUUAGAGUUAAAAGAGUGUCCAGCAGCCAAUAGAGGUUUUGUUCCUAUCAUAGCAGCAUCUCAUAAUACAGGUUCAGAGCACUGUGGGUUUUUUUUUUUUUAAAGCCGUGCCUGAAUGUUGAUAAUUUUUGCUUUUAGAAAGAAAAAAAAAUACAAUCACAGUUUUUUUUUUUGUAAUCUAUUUGUGUACAAAGAUUUUGAUUACAUAAAACAUAAAAACAUUCAUAUUGCUGUUUCAUUACUGAACAUUUUCAUGCUUUACUAAUUACAAAGAGGCUAUUUAUUUAAGUAAUCUAGACUUUAGGAGACGAUGCAUAAUGUAUUUUAUCCUCCUACAGUCGCACUGUAACGCAUCCUGUUACUGUUGUCAGUCGUUUGUACUGUGCUCGUGUUUCUCUGAAUGUGAAUGUCUGUUACACCAGCCUAGACAACAGCGUAAAAUAUCACUAACACUUGCAAGUGCUAUUGAUGGGUGUAGUUUUUCCAUCUAGUAAACGGAUGGAGCGACCUGUCCUCUCUGAUAAUCUCUGUCAAUACUGAUGAUAAUGAUGGUGAUAAUGUUACUGCUUUUUGUGGGAUGUCUGUUAAAAUGUGAGAGAAACUAGUGUUCUUCUUUGUUCUGCAAAUUCAGGGUUUCUACUGAAAGAGGAGUUCCAGCCAAAUACAGAUUCUUUCCCCCCCAUAAAUUUUCAGUGGAGAAACACAAUAAUUGGCAUGCAGAUAUUCAGGAACAACUACUUUAACCCUUUCAGACCCUGCGCCUAUUACAGCAGAUAUGAUGAGACGUGUUGUCCAUCAGAAUAUAUCAUGAAUCGGCCAAUGAAAGGUUUACAAGCCAAUAAUACUACAGCUUAGCCCCGCCCACUGCACAGACAUUAGGGCAUGGCAGCUUUAAAUCCAAAUAUUAAGUAAGGUCACAAUAACAGCUUAUUUUUAUUAAUGUUAUGUAAUGGUUUAGAACACCUUUAAUCAUCUUUAUUUUACUGUUUAAGGGUUAAGGGUUUGUGAAAUAAAAAGGUUGGAAAAAAAAGGAAAAAUUAAACACAAGCUUCCAAUGCACCUGACAUUAAAAAAAGCUAUUAAAUAUUUUAGUUGAUACAGAUUAAAUAUCAAAUUAUUAGGGUCUUCUGGCACUCUCAUAUUUUUCCAUCACUGGAACAUAAUUCGGAUCUAAAAGGGUUAAUAUGGAAAAAAGAGAUCAGUUGGGAUUGAAAGCUGUACAAGCUGAACAUUUAAUACAAAAAAAACUAAAAAAUGAAUACCAAAGCUUCAUGUGCUGUAGGCAGAUAACUUUAUAUAUAUAAUUUAUGUUAAUAUGUAAGUCAUGUGGAGCCUUUCUAUUAGUCGACAUGUCAUAAAAUGUUGUUAAUAUGUAAAGAACAGACAGAUAGAUCUACAUUACAAGAGAAAUUGACUAACUGCAAAAAUUGAGAUGCCUCAAUUUAAUUUUUUUGGUUGUCAGUGAUGGUAUAAUGAAAUGCAUCAGAACUAGCAAUGGUAUUUUCCUGUAUUUGAAGGUGCUCUCGUCGUCCAGAGAGAUAAAUGAGAGAGUCUGUUUUGUCAGAAUAUUAUAAAUUAUAUAAACUUUGAACAUUGAUUUAUGCUUCAUUUUCUCAGUCAGGAACAGCCAGCACUCUACCAAGAACAGCUAGCAGAGGGUGUAUGAGGCUCCAGCAAGCAAAAGGUCCAUAAACAUCAAAUCCUGACUUAAGGCUGGGCAAUAUGGCGAGCAUACAGCUCUGGAAAAAAAUAAGAGACCACUUAAAUUUUUUUUUUUUUUUUAAUGUUACCAAAUUGAAAACCUCCAGGCACCAGGGGUGGCGUAAAGUUAUCCAAAAGCAGUGUGUAAGACUGGUGGAGGAGAACAUGAUGCCAAGAUUCAUGAAAACUGUGAUUUAAAAACCAGAUUUAUUUCACCAUAUUAUUCAGAAUAUUGAUUUCUGAACUCUAAAAAACUUUAUGAAUAUGAACUUGUUUUCUUUGCAUUAUUUGAGAUUAUUUGAGCUCUGCAUGUUUUUGCUAUUUCAGCCAAUUCUUAUUUUCUGCAAACUAAUGCUCUAAAUGACAAUAUUUUUAUUUUAUUAUAAUUCGGGAGAAAGGUUGUCUAUAGUUUAUAGAAUAAAAAAAAUGUUCAUUUUUUUUAACAUAUACCUAUAAAUAGCAGAAUCAGAGAAACUAAUUUAUUAAUUGUAGUACAGUAGUGUUAUAAAAUAGUUUUCCAGUCUAGUGUGUCUGACUCCUGCUGUAUAGAAAACUGAGUCCUCUGCGUCUCUUCUCCUCCACCAGCUCCAGCUCCAGCUUGGCUAAAUAUUUACAUGCCAGCUUAUCUCACUGGAGGAAGACAUAUAUUUGAGGACAGUUUGUACCCAUUUGUAAAACCAGCUCAUGUAAACCUUAUUUUACAAUAUCAGUUUUGUAUUUAUUUUUGUUUUAGAAUCGAGUUUUGGGUGGAACUCCUCUUGUGUAACUAGUGAGAAGUUUUCUGUGCUUCUUCCGAACUCAUUCCAUGCGUAUGCUUCCUUUAACACACUGUCGAAUGUUGCUUUCGGAGUCGUGGUGUCACUGACCGUGUCCUCACUACAAAGGGCAUUUCACAGCUGCGAUGAUUCCCAGGGUUUUUUGUCCUACUGCUUAGAGCAGAUGUGAUCAGAUGCUGAGGCCUUGAUAAAGCCAAUGCAAAGUCAUCGUCCUUUUCCACUGUUUGUCUGCCUUAUCUUGAGUUCAUGUGGUUCCCCUUAGUGGUGGUGGUGAUGAUGAUGAUGAUUAUGAUGAUUAUGAUGAUUAAUAUCAUGGAAUAAGUCAGUCGUGGGUCGUGUUCCCAAACAAAACAAAAAAAAAAGGAUCUUUACCAGGCUCUAUGAAGUAUUACUGAGAGCAUUCAUUGCCACAGUCAAUGUCAAUAGGAAAAUCAAUGGGUGCCUUGUGGUUGUAAACCGAAAAAUAAAGAAUAAAGUAAAACUAUGUGAAAUUAAAAAAACAGAUUCUGCCA